AUGCCCCUUUCGCGUCAAUGCUCUCGACCACUUCCGGUUGGAGGCAGGCGUAAUCUACACACCUCGCCAAAGUCCUUCUCCAACGAGGUGGAGAAGACAUUUCGAGGUCAACUAUACGAGAGCACGGCACGAAGGAUCCAAGCUCAGCGUGAGGCAGAAGCUCGCUUUGCGUCCAUGAGUCCUACUAGCGAUUUCGCCCGCCAAUCCGCCUUCACCUUUGCAAUCGUCUUCUCAUGCGCCCUAGCUUACUGGUUUGGAACCAUGAAACCUGACAAAGUAUCGCCAUUGUCCACUGCACCUCUAUCAUCUAUGGAGCCGAAAGGACCGAAGCACAAUACUUCGCCUACAAAUAUUGAAGCUUGCUGGACUGAUAUGGUAUCAAUCGUUGGCAAAGAGCAUGUAUCUACAGAAGAGGGCGAUCUGCAAUCCCACUCGGGAUCUGAUUGGUCUUCGUACACUACCAAGGACAGUGAGCGACCUUUCAUGAUUGUGUCUCCCUCAACAACGGAAGAGGUCAGCGAGAUCAUGAAAGUGUGCCAUAAGCGGAAAAUCCCUGUAACGGGCUAUUCUGGCGGCACAAGCUUGGAAGGCCAAUUUUCGGCCACCCGGGGUGGCAUCUGUGUGGACUUCUCUAGGAUGGACAAGAUCCUCAAAUUGCAUAAGGAGGAUCUAGAUGUCAUCGUUCAGCCAGCACUGGGUUGGGAGCUCCUCAAUGAGGAGUUGGGGAAAGAGGGCCUAUUCUUUCCCCCUGAUCCCGGACCAGGCGCAAUGAUUGGCGGCAUGGUCGGCACAGGAUGCUCGGGUACUAAUGCAUAUCGGUACGGUACCAUGCGGGACUGGGUGCUCAGUCUGACUGUGGUCUUGGCCGAUGGGACUGUCAUAAAAACACGGCAACGACCGCGCAAGAGUAGCGCUGGAUACGAUCUUACACGGAUGUUUAUUGGAAGCGAAGGCACUCUGGGUCUUGUCACUGAAGCUACUCUAAAAGUCACUGUGAAGCCGAAGCACGAAAGCGUCGCGGUGACUAGCUUUGGGACUAUUCGGGAGGCAGCCGAAUGUGUGUCACGGGUCGUUGGUGAAGGGGUGCCGAUUGCGGCAGUCGAGAUUCUGGACGAUGUCCAGAUGCGUUGUAUUAACGAGAGUGGCUCCACCAGCAGGGCAUGGAAGGAAGUACCGACGUUGUUUUUCAAAUUCUCGGGCACACAGUCGGCAGUGAAGGAGUCGAUUGGAUUAGUGCAAAAUUUGGCAAAGAGCAAAGGUAGUAAGAGCUUCGAUUUCGCCAAAGACGCGGAUGAAGCUGCAGAGCUUUGGAGUGCAAGGAAAGAGGCUCUUUGGAGUGUAAUGGCGAAAAGAAGAGACGAAAGCGAUCAUGUUUGGACAACUGACGUCGCGGUUCCUAUCAGCAGAUUGCCAGAUAUCAUAGAGGAGACAAAAGAAGAUAUGGCUAGCAGUGGCUUGUUGGCGGCCAUGGUUGGACAUGUGGGUGAUGGCAAUUUCCAUGCCAUCCUCCUCUUCAACGACAAAGAACGAAAAACAGCCGAAGAGGUCGUUCACAGGAUGGUCAAGCGUGCCGUUGAGAUGGAGGGCACCGUGACCGGCGAGCACGGGGUAGGCUUGAUCAAGCGUGAUUACUUGGCCCAUGAGAUGGGAGAGACCACGGUCGAUGCAAUGAGAAAGUUGAAACAAGCCUUUGACCCAUUAUGCUUGUUGAAUUGCGACAAGAUAGUUCGCGUUCAGAAAGCCAAAGCUGGUGAAGUGCAGCCUUGGUGA